GCCCCUAAAAUCUGCAGAAUUGCGAAGCUGCUAGUUUGUAAUCAUGGCGGAUAUAACUUAGCUUGGAAAUGUUGACGAUUACUGGUCACUUUGAGCCAGCAGUGCUUAUUUCUCACGUUGUGUUGAAUCAUUUGACAUUCUCCUAAGCUUACAGCGGCAAGAUCUACAGAAUACCUCGAGAUGUCUGUGGGAACGGAUGAUAUUCUCGACCAGCUCCAAAUGGUACAAAGGAUGAUAGAUAUGUCUGCGGCAAAAUUGAACAGCUUACGAACUGAAGGUGCCACAAAUACCAACCUAAUUCAGCAAGAAAUACGAACUGUAGAGGGUAAACUUGUGAAGCUCUUUUCUCGAAUGUUGGUGGCAAAACAAACAGCGAACAGAAGCCAAGUGAACCAUGUCGAACUACCCAGCUAUCCGAGUCUAGUCCAGUGGUUGCAAGUCGUUGGGAUUAAUGAGGCAGCGAUUAAGGAGUUUGUAGCCAAGUGUGGAACUGUCGAAGGCCUUCUCUCUUUGCCUGGUGACAAGAUAAACACGAUCCUAGAUGCAUAUGUAGAGGGUGCAGAAGAUAGUAGACGCCUCCAAGCUGCCUUACACCACUUGCGUGCAUACACUGAGAGGCAGAAACAAGGUCACAAAGAUAGCACAUCAGAAAUUUACUGGGAUUCCUGGGAUACUACUGUACCACGGGAAAAAACUUCUUCCGCACGCUCAUCACGCUCCUCCGCAACCUUUGAAUCAGAUGACGCCUUGCCUCCUUCAUCUCCGAGCUCAGGGGAAAAUGACAUUGAUCCUUCUCGACUCUCAGCUAGUGACAUGUCUGACGCUAUGGUUAGUCCUAGGCACAGCCCACGCCCACUUAUAUCGCCCGUUAUUCUGCAGUACCCUGUGACAAGUGGACUGAAAAGAAGUCGAUCUGACGAGGCCAACAUUGGGAAUCGUAUCAUAAGUGACGUGACAAUGAGAGGUAGUGCCACUGUGGGAAAAGCCCGUGGGAAAAAGCUCUCUCCUGUUAUACCCUUGACGAUAGAGAUCCCGAAAGCUGAGAGUGGCGAUCAAUUGUCUGUCUUGUCACAGUCAGAUUCAGAGUCUGAACACAACAGAAGCUCCUAUAGCUCCAGCUCCCCAAAGACUCCAACUCGACAUGUUAUGGGCCACACUAUCAAACACAGGUUUUCCCAGAAGAAGUUUAUGGUGAGCUUAGCGUGUGACUUUUGUCAGAAGAUUCUUUUAAGUGGAGUAAAGUGUAAGGAAUGCAAGUACAAGUGUCACAAGAAAUGUGCCAAACGAGCCCCGCCUUCGUGCUGUCUGCCCAAAGACUACGAAGAGUUCUUCAUUCAAAGUAUGAGACGAGGAUAUGAGUAUCGUUCACUGCCGAUCAUCAAGUCCCAAGUCAAAAGGACCAACUCAGAACCAUUCAACAUUGCUUACAAUGUUGGGGAAAUGAUACGUGAAAAGCAACGCAAAGUUCAGAAUCGAAGUGUUGGUGACCUAUACUUCAACAGUGUUGAUAGCAAGAACUAUCCUGACAUGGAUUUUAACUACCGGCAAGGGCAGGAGGUGGUGAAUGGGGGAUCUGGAUCAACAUCAUCUGCUUCCUCCCCUCCAUCCUCGCCAGUGCCGUCAUCAGGUGGUAGAGCUGACUACUCACCAGGCGAGGAGCAAGAUGGCUUCCCCACCCAGGACCACUUUUACUAUCCUAGUAGAUAUGGCACUGGUACUUCAACAAUGACCAAUAGUGAUCUUAUAGAAUCGACUGGCACACUGACCCGUACCGAGAGUACCAAGUCAUACCAGAGCAGCAACACCACCAACAGCAACGAGUCUACUCUUUCUGGGGGUGAUGUGCCAGGUGUCGAAGACCUCGAGAUCCAAAUAUCAGAUGUAGACCCAGAAAGCAGAAAGUGGGGACAGCGUGUGGCAUCAUCCAGAGCAUUUGGCAAGGCCUACAUGUUAUUGGACUUGCAUACAAGAGGCAGUUUAAUGUCUGAAUGGGUUGUCCCAUUUGAGGAGAUAGAAAUCUUUGAUGUGCUUGGGAGUGGUCGCUUUGGUAAAGUCUAUCGUGGCCGCUGGCAUGGCGAAGUGGCUGUGAAGAUGAUUGAGAUUGAUAACCCAACGGAAGAGCAGCUCAAUGCUUUCAAAUUUCAAGUAUCCACCUUUAGAAAGACUCGUCAUGAUAACACUGUCUUGUUUAUGGGGGCUUGCAUGGAUCCGCCAAAACUGGCCAUCAUUACUAGUCUGUGCCGUGGCUACACGCUCUACACCCAUGUCCACAUCAGGAAGGAUAACUUUCCACUUGCUAAGAUAGCCCAGAUCACAACACAAAUAGCCCAGGGUAUGGGAUACCUCCAUGCACGAGGAAUUGUACACACUGACCUUCGCUCAAAGAAUGUUUUCUUAGAGCUGAACAGUAAAGCAGUUAUAACUGACUUUGGGCUGUACAGCGUAGCCGGUCUUACUGCGCGAUCAGCUAGACCUGGCUAUCUGAUGGUACCAUAUGGAUGGCUCUACUACUUGGCACCGGAAGUCAUCCGCACGUUGACGCCGUUUCAAGAUGCGCCGGAAUCAAAGCAGUUUACCACAAAAACUGACGUUUACUCAUUUGGAACUGUUUGGUAUGAGAUGAUAGCUGGUGGCUGGCCAUGGAAAAAACAAAAUCCAGAAUCAAUAAUUUAUAAAGUUGGGAAAGGCCACAAACAAUCAUUAAAUAUUCACGACAUUCCAGGAGAGGUUAAGGAGGCAUUAAUUCUGUGUUGGGCACAGAACCCUGAAUCUAGGCCUACAUUCAGUCAGCUCUUGAAGACAAUUGACAGAUUGCCUAAAAAGCACCGACUUCACCGAAGCCCUUCACAGCCCUGUACUGUGGGGAGGCCAGCAGAGGCCCUUAUCUGACGUUUAGGCUAGCCAAUGGCAUCAUGAACAUAUGUUACCAUUUAGACUGUAAGUCAGUGGCGUCCUCAACUAAGGUUACCAAACUAAUGUUACCAUUCAGACUUUAAGCCAAUGGCAUUGUUUACUAAUGUUACAAUUACAGUUGACUUCACAGUUUAGAAUGUAAAUCAAAGGCUUCAUGAGUUAACAUCACAGUUUAGACUGUAAGCAAGAGGCAUACUGAACUGAUGAUGCAGUUUAAACUCUAAGUCAUUGGCAUUCUUAAUUAACGUCACGCAAGUCAAUGGCAUCAUGAACUAAAGUUACCAUUUAGACAGUAAGUCAAUGGCAUCCUUACCCAAUGUCACUUUUUAGACCCUAACUCAGUGGAUCCCUGAACAAACGUCACAGGCUAGACUGCAAGCAAUGGCAUUUUAGACUUUAAACCAAGGGGACAAUAGGUCAAUAGGUCAACAGGACAAUGAUCUAAUGGCACAUACCAUAGGAUGUCCAACUUAAGCCAUCUUACUGUCUAAAAAGCCAUCUUACUGUCCGCUAUUUUAAUGUCCAACUAAAGCCAACUUACUGUCUGCUACAUGUCUGACUAAAGCCAACUUACUGUAUGCAAAAAAAAACCCUAUAUAAUCAGACUUAAACAAUGGCUGACAAUACAUCUUUAACUCGAUUCAAUUUAAUGUACAGAAACAGAAAGUAUUUUCCCAUAAACGAUAAUUAUUAAGAAGUGAGAAGUUAUUAAUGACUGUCGAUUAUGACCAAAAAGUAGUUCUAAUCUCUAGCCCUGUAGAGCUAGUACUGCUCAACAUAAAGGGUCCGCUAUUUAUUGAUGCAGGCAUUUUCAUACCAUUAGCUUUUUACUUCUAAAUUUGUAAAUUCUGCUUAUUAUUCCAUGACUGGUAAAUAAUCUGCUUAUUAUACCAUUGCUAGUUGACGCCCUCGUCUUAUAAGUGAAUGGAUUGGACUUCGAUUACCGAUUCAUUGUAUUAUUUUUUGAUAUAUAUUUUAAUUAUGACAUUGACCUUUUCCUUAUUGAGUUUUCUACAUGCUUGAUUGUGCCAGGUUAUAAAUAUUUAAUAUUUUUAUUUUGUAUUUUUGAUCCUCUACAGUGGAGAGAACAAGUGUCUGCCCCAUUUAGGGAUUUGAUAAAAUUGUAUAUUUUUACAUUUUCAAGGAGAUUAUUAGGCUCGCUUACCAGCCGACUUGUCUCAUAUGAACAAGCUGGAAAUCAAGCCUGGGAGAUUAUGGAACAAAUAGACUUUGGGUAAACAUUUCUACAAUGGAGAAAUCCAUAUAUUGAAAACCCUGUUUCAAUUUCAACUAAUGUUAUGUGUGUAUCGCAUGCACCUUCAAGACCGGUGUAAAAUAGUGUUUUAUUUUCAUUUUUAUUCAUUAUUCAGUUCAACAAAGACUAAUUUGUAGUACAAUACAACUCAAUAAAAGACAAUUUGAGGUUCCACCUGGAUGGGGAAGACCCAGGGACCCAAAGUAUAGACACACAUUAGGGUCUGGGCCAGAUUUAGCAUGUAAUUAUUUUUUUAAUGGCUUUAUUUUAUUUACAUUCUCUCUAUCAAGAUAUGACAAUAGGCGAUGGAGAAAUCAUGAUAAUAGGCAAUGGAGGAGUAAUGAUAGUUUUCGCGGAGAGACUCUUAAGAUACUUCUGCUGCCUUUUCUCAUUAAUUGUUAUUUGUAUUGUCACUAGUAUCUGCCCACUUGUCCCUUAGGAUGUUUACUUUGUAAAAUGCUGCAAAUGUUUCGAAAAAAAAGCUCAGAAGUAAAAAAAGGAAAUACUA